AUGGCUGGUGGAGGGUUCGCGGCCAGCUCGGCCGGGCAAGAGUUCGAGGCGAAGAUCACGCCCAUCGUCAUCAUCUCGUGUAUAAUGGCGGCCACCGGAGGGCUCAUGUUUGGCUACGACGUCGGCGUUUCAGGUGGAGUUACAUCCAUGUCCCCGUUCCUGAAAAAGUUCUUCCCUGUUGUGUACAGGAGGACGCAGGAGCAGGAGGGGGUCAACAGCAAUUACUGCAAAUACGAUAACCAGGGCCUGCAGUUAUUCACGUCGUCGCUUUACCUUGCUGGUUUAACGGCGACGUUCGCGGCUUCCUACACAACCAGAAAGUUUGGGCGAAGGCCGUCUAUGCUCAUCGCUGGCGUGUUCUUUAUAAUCGGGACAAUUCUCAAUGGCGCAGCUCAAGACAUUGCCAUGCUCAUCAUUGGCAGGAUCUUACUUGGUUGUGGAGUUGGGUUUGCCAAUCAGGCUGUGCCACUGUUCCUUUCGGAGAUUGCACCUACAAGAAUCCGUGGAGGGCUAAACAUACUGUUCCAGCUCAAUAUCACCAUUGGCAUUCUAUUUGCAAGCCUCGUUAAUUACGGCACCAAUAAAAUCACAGGAGGAUGGGGCUGGAGGGUGUCAUUGGGGUUGGCUGGUCUUCCUGCUGGUCUCCUAACCUUGGGAGCCCUUUUGGUGGUGGAAACUCCCAACAGUCUUGUAGAGCGCGGUCUCUUAGAAGAAGGAAAAGCUGUACUUAGGAGGAUCCGGGGCACUGAUAAUGUGGAACCAGAGUUCUUGGAACUUGUUGAGGCUAGUCGCAUUGCUAAAGAAGUGAAGCACCCCUUUAGAAAUCUCUUAAAGCGUAGGAAUCGCCCCCAACUUAUCAUUGCAGUAGCCUUGCAGAUCUUUCAACAAUUUACUGGCAUCAACGCAAUUAUGUUUUACGCACCAGUCCUAUUCAACACAUUAGGAUUUGGCAGCGACGCUUCCCUCUACUCAGCUGUUAUAACAGGGGCCGUCAAUGUUCUCUCCACUGUUGUAUCCAUCUACUCAGUUGAUAAAGUAGGCCGUCGCAUGCUGUUACUGCAAGCCGGAGUUCAAAUGUUCCUGUCUCAAGUGGUUAUAGCCAUAAUACUAGGAAUCAAGGUCAAGGACCACUCUGAUGACCUUCACAAGGGCUUUGCAAUCUUUGUGGUGGUUCUGAUUUGCACUUAUGUAGCUGCAUUUGCUUGGUCUUGGGGACCUCUAGGUUGGCUGAUACCUAGUGAGACAUUCCCUCUAGAGACCCGCUCAGCCGGGCAAAGUGUGACCGUCUGCACCAACUUGCUCUUCACUUUUAUCAUAGCACAGGGCUUCCUCUCAAUGCUUUGCCACUUCAAGUUUGGCAUCUUCCUCUUCUUCUCCGGCUGGGUCUUAAUCAUGUCAUUCUUUGUGCUGUUCCUGCUCCCGGAGACGAAAAACAUCCCAAUUGAAGAAAUGACAGAGAGGGUAUGGAAGCGGCAUUGGCUUUGGAAGAGGUUCAUGGAUGACUACCACAUUGAAGGAAAUCAGAUUGCUGGAGAUGACUUGAAGAAAAACGGGCAUGCUAAUGGAUUUGAUCCUGUUUCUCAGCUAUAA